AUGUGCGAAGUACAGACCAUUCCCUCCUUCUACUUUAACUUCAAGUCUUCUCUCUUCGGAAAACUGCAACCAUCAUUAUCCUCAGGAAGUCGAAUCGUACCACACAAAUAUUUUCUUGCAACCAAGCUUCUUCCUUGUAGCAAAGCUGAUGGGAGUAUCAAAAAAUUUACCAGAAACGACGAGAUUGGUAAUGCUAUGGAUGACCUGACCAAAGCUAUCCAUGCAUUUGCUCACUUCUUGUUGAUCUACUCCCACAGCCAUCUUCUAUUUUGCGAUCUUCGAGGUGCAUAUGACUUCAAUGGCAAGAUGUGUUUGUUCAAUCCACAGGCACACACAUUCGUCUUAUACAGAAAUAUUCUCCAUCACACACCUGCUUAUGAAUCUACAACAGAAACACACCAGAUAAAGAGGAUCGUGCCGCUUAUUGGGAUGGUGGCCCCCCCAAAAAAAAUCGAGACCAGCAUGCUAAAGAUUGCAACCAAAACUGGGUUUGUCGAUGUCUUUCUCUCCACAAUGUUCAUGUCAUAG